AUGGGAACACUACAUCCUUUAGUCAAAAUUCGCCCCACCAUAAUUGCAAAAUUUGUUGAUCUGAGAAGAAGAAUCCAACGCCGAUUUCAACAUCGGCGGCAGAUCGACCUCCUCCUCCUCCGUCUCCGUCUCCGUCUCCGUCUCCGCAUUCGAGAAAUGGCAACUGGUGGGAAAGUCUCGUUCAAGGUCACUCUGACCUCUGAUCCUAAGCUACCUUUCAAAGUUUUCAGCGUGCCUGAAGGAGCUCCGUUCACGGCGGUUCUGAAAUUCGCAGCCGAGGAGUUCAAGGUGCCUCCCCAGACAAGCGCCAUCAUCACUAAUGAUGGGAUCGGCAUCAAUCCCCAACAGUCUGCAGGAAACGUGUUCCUCAAGCAUGGAUCUGAACUAAGACUAAUCCCGCGUGACAGAGUUGGAGCCGCCUUUGUGUCGAUAUGA